UGGUCUAACUGGAGGGAAUGCUCAGGCCUGAUCUAUACUAAAUCUAGAGUAAAUCUGAAAUACAGAAGGUGAAAUAAGAAAUGGUGGAACUUCUCAGGAUCCUUGCAAAACAUACCAGGUUCCACCACUGUUCCUUCUCCCAUCAUUUCUGCACAGUGCUGAGCCAGAUCCGGUCUCUCACAGACCCUUUCUCACAUGCAACGACUGAAUGAAUUUUGGACCCAGGGUGGCUCUCUAAAUCACACUAGAUAAUUGUACAGACCCCAUGUAUGCAUCAUAGCAUCAGUGACCCACAACUCAGAAAGCAUAAAAGAACAAACUAAAAGUGUGAAAUAUUAUAGUUUUCUCUGCCAAACACAUUUCGCCAAGUAUCAACUGGUAACCCACAAACUCAAAAUUCUUACUGACAAAAUAUAAAAAAUCCCAUGGUUCCCAUAUCUGUGGUUUGUAUUUAGAGGACCAUCAAAAUGGGCAUAGGAUAAGGAACUCCAUUUAAAAAAAAAAAAGUAAGCAAGCUCAGCCCUAAAAGAUUAACAACACAAAUAGUAGUAAUAAAAUUAUCCUGUUAAGUGAUUUUUAAUCAAGUGGAGUUAACUCAAGUCUUGUCUCCUAGGGAUGAAAAUGGAAAUCAAUAAACAAAAAAGGUGGAAGAAAACAGUGUGACCUUGAUGACUCCUCCAAAGUCCAUCAUGACCGCAUUGGUUCUUUUCAUCCCCUGGAGAUCUCAUUUUGAGACUGGAUAUAGUUGAAAUCGAACGACAUACUGAGAGGGUAUGAUGGCUAAGAACCCCCCGAAACCAGCCCCUCGCAGGAUCUUCCAAGAAAGGUUAAAGAUUACUGCUCUACCUUUGUAUUUUGAAGGGUUUUUGUUAGUCAAGAGGUCAGAAUACCAGGAAUAUAAACAUUACUGGACAGAGCUGAGAGGAACUACACUUUUCUUUUAUUCUGACAAAAAAAGUCCAACAUAUGUUGACAAGUUAGACCUAAUAGACCUCACAUGUCUUACUGACCAGAAUUCAACUGUAAAGAAUUGUGCAAAAUUCACCCUUGUUUUGCCAAAAGAGGAAGUGCAACUGAAGAUAGAGAACACAGAAAGUGGGGAAGAAUGGAGAGGCUUCAUUCUUACAGUAACAGAGCUGUCAGUUCCCCUACACGUGUCCCUCCUCCCUGGGCAAGUAAUUCGACUGCACGAAGUCCUAGAGAGAGAGAAAAAAAGGAGGAUUGAGACAGAGCAGACCCCGAGCUCAGCUGUGGAAAAGAAGGAACCGACCGAAGAUUAUGCAGAUGUACUGAGUCCAAUGCCAGCAUGUUUUUAUACUGUGUCCCGAAAAGAAGCAACUGAGAUGCUUGAGAAGAACCCUUCUUUGGGAAAUAUGAUCCUGAGACCUGGUAGUGACAGCAAAAGCUACUCCAUCACUAUCCGGCAGGAGAUAGACAUGCCAAGAAUCAAGCACUAUAAAGUGAUGAGUGUAGGAAAAAACUACACUAUUGAACUGGAAAAACCCGUAACACUCCCAAACCUUUUCAGUGUCAUUGAUUAUUUCAUGAAAGAGACUCGAGGAAAUUUACGACCAUUUAUAUAUUCAGCUGAUGAAAACUUUGAGACUGAAGGAUUUCCUGUAACACCUCUAAAAUAAAAAAAAAAAGUUUAAGGUGAUGGUGAAUCUGAUAUAAUUUGCUUCAAGUCAGUUAUCUACUGUUAUGUAACAAACCACUCCAAAACAUGGUAGUUAAAUCAACAACCAUUUUAUUUGCUCACGAUUCUGUGCACUGGCAAUCUGGAUUGGAUUCAUUUGGGCAGUUCCUUUGCUAGUCUCACUUGCUGUCACUUACACAACUGUAACCAGCCGAUGGCCUGACCGGGGCUGCGUGUUUCAAGUUGGCCUCAUUCACACGUCUGGUGCCGGUGGCCAGCUGGAGCUGGCUGAACCACUCUCCUCACGUAUUCUCUAAUACUUGAGGAGUUAGCUCAGGCUCUCUCAUGUGAGAUCUGACUUGUUAAGAGGUGACGCAAACCUCAAGUCCUUGGGAUAGAAAUUCUUAGCGUUAAGGAUCAAGUAUGGCCCUGUUGGAGAUUUCAGUAUAUGUGAAACUGUGAAUUGAAUAAAUGGAUCCAAGUGUGAUAUAUCUUAUGUACAAAGGCUAAACUUCGUUCUUUCUACAAAAUUUAACUUACAUGCAAUAAAAUUCACUUUUUGGUAUAGAGUCCAAUGAGUUGUGACAACCACUAUCAGAAUCAAGAUACAGAAAGUUCCAUCACCUCAAAAAAAUGCCCCAAUGUUCUUUCUUUGUAGUCAACCCUUCUUCUCACCCACAAUCCCUAGCAACUACAGAUGUUUUCCACUCCUAUGGUUUUGCAUUUUCCAAAAUGUCAUAUAAAUGGAAUCACAGUAUAGAAAACUUUUGAGGCUGAUUACUUUUAUUCAUCAUAAUGUCUAGAGUCACGUAAGUGUUAUAUUAUUAGCUUGUUCUUUUUUAUUGUUGAAUAGUAUUUUACUGU